AUGAAUUCAUGUUACGUAGCACAAGGCACCGCCAAGCGCUCGCGGCUCUACCAUUGCGAUGCUAUACCGUUCUCAUUCGACGAUCCUAGAGCCAACGAGAUCAACACCGAAGCUGCGACGCGCACGCGAAAGGUUCCAUCGGCAAGAGGAUGGGCCGAUUCAUACUACAAGAUGGAGGUUGAGGGCAAGGCAUGGGUGAUCUUAGGCGAACAUAGCGACGGAGUCGAUGCGAUUUACGAGGUUCUAGCGAAGCUCAGGCCAACCCUCCACGCCCUCUGCGACGACUUGACGGCCCUGUCCGAUCUUUCCCGCGACAACCCCAAGCGGGGACAUAUCCUAGGGGGCAUUCAAUGGGCGGCGAACGAGCUGCGCUGGUGCUUCGGACGUCUGGACGUCGUACGGAUAGCGGACCUACGGGCGCAGGGCCAAGGCUAUACCAGAGACCACAAGGCCAUGAUGGCCAUGAUUGCCAAGGAAAGGAAGGAGAAGCAUGUUUGGCGGUUCGUCAUGCAGGCAUCGCCCAAACUCUGCAAGUGCUUCGCCAUUCUUUGCGGCACGUGUGGUCCAUUGACUGGCAAGGCCGCCAUCGAUUCAACCGUCAACGUGCGCAUCCCCUUCCACGACGGUUGUGCGCCAGUAGAACCCAAUUCGCAACAAUUACAUCAUGGAGCCAACAACAUGACAGUUGCUACUGACUUGGCUAAUGCAAGGGUCACGGGCACGAUGGCUGGUACUGAUCCGCGCAGCCUCGCCAUCAAGGAGUUACGAGAGGCUAUAACCUACCUCGGCAUGGCUUUGGGAGGAUAA